GUUUUAUGUGUGUGAACAUAUAUGCCUGAGGGGAGAAGGGUCCUUAGAAGCCGGAUCACAAGUCUGAAGAGGGCUAGGCAGGAGUCUUUGACAGGGCUGAAGAAAGGGGCUUGUAGGAACGAGGCCCCAAACUGUAGGGUGUAAGAGAGCAGCAGCAGGUGGUGGAGGUGGUGUGAGCAGGGCUAUUAGGAAUUUGAGGCAUGUUAGUACUGUGACUAUUUAUAUUUCCGUGACUCAGAGCUGUGGUAUGAUAUUUCCAGAAUGGCUUCUAAACAAUUCCCCCUUUUAUAGCCCAGACACAUGGCCCCAAGCCCAAGACCCCAGCAUAUCCUGCUCUGGAGGGAUGCCCACUCCUUCCACCUCCUGUCUCCACUGAUGGGCUUCCUCAGUCGGGCUUGGAGCCGCCUGAGGGUCCCGGAAGCCCCAGAGCCCUGGCCGGCAGAAACAGUAACUGGAGCAGAUCAGAUAGAAGCUGAUGCUCAUCCGGCACCUCCCCUUGUUCCUGAGAACCACCCCCCUCAGGGGGAGGCUGAAGAAAGUGGAACUCCUGAAGAGGGUAAAGCAGCCCAGGGACCCUGCCUGGAUGUGCAAGCCAACAGUUCCCCUCCUGAAACUUUGGGACUUUCAGAUGAUGAUAAGCAAGGACAGGAUGGCCCCAGAGAGCAGGGAAGGGCACACACAGCUGGCCUGCCUAUACUGCUGUCUCCUGGUCUGCAAAGUGCUGAUAAGAGCCUUGGAGAGGUGGUGGCUGGAGAAGAGGGAGUGACUGAGCUGGCUUACCCCACAUCACACUGGGAGGGUUGUCCAUCUGAGGAGGAAGAGGAUGGAGAAACUGUGAAAUAGCCUUUCUGAGCCUCUGCUGACUCUCCAGGGCACAAGUCCAGCACUUCUGUGUAUUGCCCAGGGGAGGCAGAACAUCAAGCCACGGAGGAAAAACAAACAGAAAAUAAAGCUGACCCCCCCAGCUCUCCUUCAGGCUCCCACUCCAGAGCCUGGGAGUACUGCUCUAAGCAGGAGGGAGAAGCCGACCCAGAGCCACACAGGGCAGGGAAGUAUCAACUGUGUCAGAAUGCAGAAGCUGAAGAGGAGGAAGAAGCCAAGGUUUCAUCUUUGUCUGUGUCUAGUGGGAAUGCCUUCCUGAAGGCCUGGGUGUAUCGACCUGGAGAGGACACCGAGGAUGACGAUGAUAGUGACUGGGGAUCAGCUGAGGAAGAGGGUAAGGCCUUGUCUUCCCCUACCUCUCCUGAACAUGACUUCCUGAAGGCCUGGGUAUAUCGACCUGGAGAGGACACAGAGGAUGACCAAGACAGUGACUGGGGAUCAGCUGAGAAAGACGGUCUAGCUCAGACCUUUGCCACCCCCCAUACAAGUGCCUUUCUCAAGACCUGGGUCUGUUGCCCUGGAGAGGACACAGAAGAUGACGACUGUGAGGUUGUGGUCCCAGAAGAUUCAGAAGCAGCUGACCCAGACAAGAGUCCCAGCCAUGAGGCUCAGGGUUGUCUGCCUGGAGAGCAGACAGAGGGACUUGUGGAAGCAGAGCACUCUCUCUUCCAGGUGGCCUUCUAUUUACCUGGAGAGAAGCCAGCACCACCUUGGACUGCCCCUAAGCUGCCCCUUCGGCUGCAAAGGAGGCUUACGUUGUUGAGAACCCCCACCCAGGAUCAGGACCCUGAGACUCCUUUACGGGCCAGAAAGGUGCAUUUCUCUGAGAAUGUCACAGUCCAUUUCCUUGCUGUCUGGGCAGGACCAGCCCAGGCUGCCCGCCCAGGCCCCUGGGAGCAGCUUGCACGAGAUAGGAGCCGUUUUGCUCGAAGAAUUGCCCAGGCGGAGGAGAAGCUGGGUCCUUACCUCACCCCUGCCUUCCGAGCCAGAGCAUGGGCACGCCUUGGAAACCCAUCGCUUCCUCUAGCCUUGAGCCCAUCUGUGACCACACCUUCUUCCCUUCCCAGUGAAGCCCCUCCUUCCAGCCUGGACUGCGGUGGGAGGCGUGGCUAAACCCAAGUCGUUUCCUGUUAUUUAUUUUAAUAAGAAAUAAAGCCUUUUGAUUUAUACAAUU